AUGGAAAACUUCCCGUCAUUGCUUUACAGGAACCCCAAGAGGAGCUCAAGACAGUCAAGCCUAUACCUCGGAGUGCGGCGGAGACCAUGGGGAAGAUACGCAGCUGAGAUUAGAAACCCUCAUACAAAAGCGAGGCAUUGGCUAGGCACAUUUGACACUGCUGAAGAAGCUGCAAUCGCUUAUGAUCUUUCUUCCAUAUCUUUCAGUGGUAUAGAGAAUGCUCGGACGAAUUUUUACUACCCGUUUAUGUCAUUCCCCUCUCCUCCACUUCCGCCACCUCUGCCACCUCCACCCCCGCUGCCUACGCCUGCGUUGAAAGAGGGUGAUCAGUUUUGUAUUGAGUGCGCGAGUCCAAUGGAAGAGGAUGAUGAAUCUCUUGUUAUUGCUUCUAUCUUGCAGAGUUUUUACCAAUCUGCUAGCAAUAACAAUUCCUUCUGUCCCUAA